AUGUCUUCUCGGUCUUCGAGUUCCGGUGAAGAAGAUGCCGGAGUGAUAUCGGAUCAUUCUGAAGGCGAGAUCAGGUCUCGUUCUUCAACGCCAGCACGCCCACCGUCAGAAAGAGAAUCCAGACCUCGGUAAGUGUUUUGUUUUGGUUUCUAUAUUAUUUUAGAGAGAGAGCGCCGAUUGACAGCACAUCAUGUUUGUCAAAGUACUACAGAGAAAGGUUUGGAAGUCAUUCUCCAGAAGACUACCUGAAUCUGAGGUUCUCUAAGAUGAAUCCUCGUCUGGGAAACGACGAUAUCAAAAAGAUAUUAGAAGAAGAGUUGCGCAGUCUAGGCCCAUUUGAAGUAAGUUUUUCAAAUUAAUUUGUAUUAUAUCUAAAGCAAAAAUGUUACCUAAAAUUGAAGUAAUCCGUUUGAUCUUUUCUAAUUUACGUUUUUUUGCAGAUAAAGGUUGUUAAAGACCCAGAAACUGACGACAGGUUAGCAUACGUUAACUUUCGUCGCAAUAACUGUGCCAAAACUGUCAGGAGAGCUUUGAUACCUAAUCUACAAGACAGACUGGGAGAUGCUGUCCUCAUCGACCCAGCUGGAGUACUGAGAGAUCAAGAGGGAAAGUUCAUUCCGGAUCGUUUCAAUAGGGCUCAAAUGUCGGAUGGACAUCCUGAUACUCGUGUGCCGUAUAAUAACCAUCAUCAGGCACGGCUUGGACCUUCACAUCAUUAUCAACAACAUCAUCACAAUAAUAACAAUAAUAAAGGGUUUAAUAACUUAAAUCAGGAGCCAAAAAUGGCUACAAGGACGCUAUUUGUUGGCAAUCUACCCGGAGAUGUUAAGCAAGAUGAACUAAUGAGAGUUUUCGGAAAGUUUGGAACCAUUGAGGACAUUGACAUCAAGGUCAUUGGGGACAAGACAGCAGCUUUUGCAUUUGUUGUGUUUCAUGUAAGACUAUUUAACUUAAAGUUAAAACGUAGUUAUAUAAACGAUAAUAUUAGGUUUAAAUAUACUUGAACGUGCUUAUCAUACAGUUAUUUUACUUUCAGUCUCUUGACGUUGCCAUUGACGCCUUAGAAACGAUGCAUAAUCGACCUGUCAGAAAGGGAUCUUCACUAUGUCAGAUUGGCUACGGGAAGUCUCAAGUGUCUCCGAAACUGUGGGUCGGCAGACUAGGAGCCUGGGCCAAUAAGGACAUGUUGGUAAAGGAAUUCGACCGGUAUGGAGUUGUGGAAAGCGUAGAGUUUAAUUAUGGAGAUCAUCAUGCUUAUGUUAAGUUCAGUGAUUCGAAUUCUGCCAGAGACGCUUGUUUGGCACUUAAAGACUUUGCUUUGGAUGGACGGCAUAGGAUUGUGGUUGAUUAUGCCAAGUAAGGCUUUGAAACUAUUUUUUAUGUUUUAUGCUUCUUUGGUCUUUACAUUUUAUGUGGCAAAAAAGUUAGCCUUUGGUAGUUAUGUCUUCUUUAUUAUAGAGAACGAGGCAAUCAAAGGAGGUUUGACAGAAAUGAGCGACCUGACCGUAUGGACUUUCGAGGUAUGGGCAGAAAUGAUCGAUUCGAGCGUGUAGAUCGAAUGGAUCGUGGCGAUUAUCGUAUGGAUAGAGUAGAUCGUAUGGACAGAGUAGAGCGUGUGGAUAGAGUGGAUCGAAUGGAGCGUAUUGAUGUAAGGAAGAGAGCAAAACCAGAACCACGUUCAUUAAGUCCAGAAGAGGUUAAAAGGAAGCGGAGGGAGAAGACGAAGAGCAGAUCCAGAAGCAGGUCACCUAAGAGCACAUACGAUGAAUUCAAUGAGAAAUACCCGAGUACUUGGAAGGGAUUCUUCUGUUUAAAGAAGACUGAGUACAACAUAAAGUAAGUUCAAGUUGUUAUUUGUUUCGAAAUUCUUAAUUUGCAUUUGCUAUUAAGUAAAUUUAACGAGUAAGGCCUAUUCUAUAAAACUUUAAUUUGUAGAAUCCAUCGAGUGGCCGGCAAAGAGAAUCUGGUCCAAGAUCUGAUGAGGAACGAUGAAGGAGGAGCCAUAAAACUGAAGAUAGAUCAGAGGUUACCGCGAGAGACGAUGUUUCUGGAGAAACUGCUCGAGGCUGAUAAGGGAUCGUUAGUUUUUAUGGUCGGGGCUGAAGUGGCUAUGUCAUUUACACCUUUCAUCGAGUACAUGAACGAUAAGGACGCCGUAGGAGUGGCACGUCUGUCGAGCAAUGCCGUGAUUUACAUUCUACCUUACUGUAGUUUAGCAUCAAAGAUAACGAAACAUUUUAUACCAAAUUUAGAUUUAUUAUCGAAGGAGUCGAAUUAUUUAUUAGUCAUUCUAAAUUCGCAAGAUGAAUAAUGUUUGAAUGGUCUCAGUUCACGAUCCAACUGUAA